AUGGAGAAAGAUGAUCCUGUCACUGGCCAUAUUUGCAAAACAUGCGAUGAAGUAGACACUCAAUGCACCAUUUGCCACAAUUCCGAUCCUCGUGACAACCCUAAGCUCUGCGAACAUUGCCAGGGCUGGGAUGAUCUCACUCACAUCACAUUCUGCGCCGGAGAUGUGUUACCCGACGUAGACCCUUCGGUCUUCGAACCACCAGAGUUUACGCAGAAUAGUUCUCCAUAUCCAGCUUCUGGAGACCUGAGUCAGCUCAGUUUCCGGGCCUUCAAAACGUUGGAGCAAGCCAGGAACUGCCUCAUCUGCAGAAUUAUAGUGUCUGGCCUCCGACAGUGUGACUCAACCCGCGAACCUACCAGCGUUGCGCUAUGGAGACUUUGGCCCGAGAAUUGGCACUCGCCAGAGCCGAGCAAGCGGCAGCACAAAGAUGUCGACUGCUCUUGGACUGGCAAAUGUCUUCUGACAUUCUGCGUCGUGUAUCCUGGGGAUGGUGAAGACUCCAAGCCUGCUAUGAAACCUUGCCUCGUCGAAUUGAUCCUGUCUUACUCCUCCUGGGGCCACGGUCUCGAGAACGUCCAGUUCUGGGACAGGCGUUUUCUGGACCCAGAAAACAUCAAAUUCUGGCUAUCGCACUGCCAGAAACACCAUGGCCAGAUGUGUGAUAAGACGAUGUUCUCCACAAAACUCCCCUCUGGUUUUAGAGUGAUCGAUGUUGUUGAUGAGUGCGUUAUGGAACCCCGGGGGGAAAUCGAUGAUUAUGUCGCUCUAAGCUAUGAAUGGCGUGCCGCCACGUCCGACCCAAGAAGGGAUCUCAUGCUCUCGAGGAAGAACUGGACAGCGCUUGCGACGUCAGGUGCUCUGACUCAGGGCCGGCUACCAGAGGUGAUCUACGACGCUAUGCAAUUUUGUCGAGACCUUGGGCAGCGAUAUUUAUGGGUUGAUCGGAUGUGCAUUUUCCAGGAUGAGGAUGACGAGGAUGGUUCGAGGCAGGUGCAAAUAGAGGGAAUGGAUGCCAUCUACUGGCUGGCUACUGUCACCGUCGUUGCCUCUGCAGAUGGUGUUGGUGUUGGCUUGCCUGGUGUUUCCAGUCGACCAAGGCCCUUUAGCGUCAGCAAUGCAGGCUGGGGGCUAUCAAUGGACGGUCCUCACUGCAUAGGAUACCAAAAGCCAUUGGUUUCCGACGCUAUUAACCCCAGCUCUUGGAACACCCGCGGCUGGACAUUUCAGGAACGGUGGAUUUCCAGACGACACAUAUUUUUCGGACGCUGUCACACUUAUCUGAGCUGUUUCUAUUGUAUUGAGUGCGAGACUUCUCUUCGCAGGCAGGACAUCAUAAAGGCACGCGAAGCAAAUGGUGAAUUCGGUGCUUUCUUUGCUCGCGGUGUUCGGAUUGCAAAGGGAAGUGAGGAGCAGGCACGCUGGGACCCUCUUGGACAGUACCUGGAAGCUGUCAACGAAUAUACAGGGCGCUCCCUUGGACAGGCAUCCGAUGUAUUAAACGCGUUCACUGGGGUGAACAAGUUUCUCAUCACGAAGCUUCAGACGAGGUCUUUAUUUGGCCUACCCGCGAAGUAUCUCUUUCGAAGUCUUCUCUGGACUCGUAGGGGGCCGCCGCCAGCCAAUCUGCAGGGCCAUAUACCGACAGGCGUCCCGAGUUGGUCUUGGGCUGCUGGGCUUGGGCCCGUCGAGUACGGCUGGUGGACACAAAACUUCUACACCAAAGUCGGAAACCUGGUCCGCUUCUGGUACUCUGACGGUCAGACUGUCUCGGAAGUGGUCGAAGCCACAAGCUGGUUUGAUAUGUUCAAAGACAAUGUGAGAGAUGAUUUGAGUCAUGAGUUCCUGAUCGAGAGAUUUAGAACGAAUCUUGACCUUAACGGCGGAACGUACGCACCUGCUUCAGCGAUGUGGCACCACUGCUCUCAUAGCCCUUGGGAGUCCCUUCGCCACCACGAAGUCUCGGAAAUUGCGAUUGAUAUUGCCAAACGAGCACCGGGGUGCCUCGUAUUCAACACGACAACGGCAUAUCUCGGACUUCGAAUGAGCGUCACUGCAAGUUUAAGCACAGGAGGAAUCAUUUUCGACAUCGUUGAUCAAGACGGCAACGCGAUCGGUAAUGUCAUGCCAGAAUUUCGACCCGGCGACCACAAGCUAUCGACCAUCCACCAUCCGAGCUCAAGAUACCAUAUAAUUGUCCUUGGCGCUUGCAACAGGGGCAAGGACUCCGGCCAGGAUUGGGAGCCUGAAGUUGUCCAUGAGAGCCAGGAAGCAUAUCGAGUGCGAAACGCAUGCGGGCUUUACGUGAUGGUUGUAGAUAGGAAUGGGCAUUUUUCGUCUCGAUUGGGCAUUGGGGUGGUGGCCCCCGUAGGGUGGACAAGGGUAAAGCCUGUGUGGGAGACCAUCUUCCUCGUGUGA